GGGAAUAUCAAGGAAGAUAUUGCGUUGCCUGUGAGGAUUACGUGAGCGAUAGUAAAGUUAUUAACAACAAUUUAUGUCCGACUCCUAAUUGUCAAUCCGAAUUGCGAAAAAUUAAAGAACCGGCUUAUUUUUUGCGAGUUAGCAAUUAUUACCAACAAUUGAUUGAAUAUUAUCAAAAAAACCCUGAUUUUCUUUCACCACCUAAUAUUAAAAAAGAAUUAUUCGAAAAUUUUCUCAAAAAUGAAGGGCGAGAUUUGUGUAUUACCCGUAGUGAUAUCAA